GAGAAGUCUUCACACGAUGACUCCUCUAUUUGUAGUUCUAUACAUUAUAUAUGUCACAAGUACUAUGACGCAGGGUGAAAAAAAUAUCAAUUACUGCGACAAUCACCAGGGUAACUAUGACAUGAAAUCUAUUCUCGGAACGUGGCACGUGGUAGCUUUGGUACCAGCUACAGGCUUCCCUCGGAUGAGACAGAUCCUUUGCUACCAAAUGGACAUUAGUGAGACAGAUGAGGCCGGUCUCAGAUGGCUUGUUGGUAGAAACUUCAAUAAUCCAAGUCAAGAAUUUAUCGAUAAAAUAAAAGGAACCAUUAUAAGACAGAGAUAUCACUCGGAAAAACCUUUUGACAUUUGGUCUAAAGCCAUAAGGAGUGUAAAUGGAUGUUUCAGACAAUUGCUGUCAUUGGAAACUAACAAUACCAAAAUAGUUAAAUUCAAUAGUUUAUAUAUUUACAAAGCUGACGCUGAAAACCUGGACACUAUGAUGCAAUUACAUUUGAUGGAGUUUAAUGAAGAGUAUGGUCCAAUUUUGGUACAAAUUCUAUGGGGAAGGCUUAUAUCUGCAGUAAUUUACAGAAGAUCGCCUGGUAUAUCAAUGGAUCGUCUCCUUCCAGUUCACAAGUUCCUUACAAAAUUGCGCGGUUUCCAACGAGAGCCUAGGAUUUGUGACAUCCCCACAAAAGCCAUCGUGCCUCCUGCUUUCCAAAGACCCUGAUAGUUAUAAACACUAAAAUAUAAAAUGAUAACAAAUUUAUAUAUAUGUUAUAUAUUUUCAAAUACGAAUUAAAUUGUUUUUUAUUCACAUUAUAAAAUAACGAAAGCUAUAUUUUCUAAUCUUCCAUUAAAAUUUAAAUUGGUUACAGUUUAGCCUUAUAAAUUUAAAGAGCAAUUUUUCUAAAUAUAAACACAAUGGUAGUUCACGUCCAGUGUGGAACAAAGUAUAUUUUCUCACGCCACCAUGAGCACGAAACCGAAUAUACGAACCAAUAAAACAAUAAGAACAAAUUAUAUACAAGACUAAUAAAUAAAGACCUUAAAGUUUAAAUUUUAUAUUAGCUAUUUAUUGUUUUAACAAGUAAUAUAACUAUUAAAAUUUCGAAGUAUAUAAGAACAACUAUAGUUAGUCAGGAAUAGAUUAUACUUAAUUUUAUAAAUACUAUACAUACAAUUUUAUGUAAAAAAUGACUAUUUUAAACAAUUUAUCAACUAAAGUGUAAUUUAACUAACACAUGUAAUUCGGCUUUAAAUCAGCCUCAGGUGUCACUCGCAGAUGUGAUUGAUUUGGACACGAGUAGGAUGCAGCGGUAUAAAAUGUAUCAUUAUACAGGCUGAUAAAAUUACUACUCAUGUUUUUUUUAUAUGGAGAUAAGAUAUAUUUUUUCCUUACUGUAUUAUCAAAAAAUUUUGCACAGUCUCUAUAACAUUAAAGAUAUAGUUUUCAAUAAAGUAUCAAAAAGACUAUUCUGUUUGAAUAUAAUAUAUAAAACAAUAUAAUACAUUAUUGUGAUGUAUAGUUUUGAAAUGUUAUUAUAAUUAUAGCAACCUGUAUAAAUAUCAGGCAGUGCGCUGAGUCGGCGGCUUAAGGGGUGUUCCGCUCGGAUCGUUUUAUAUCUAUUGUUUAUACGAGAUUUUGAUGGAAUACCCCUUUUAUUGUUCCAUUGAUCUGUUGCAAGGGAAAACGACGUUCAUCAAUGAUACUCUAUAAUAAACUAGUUUCGAACCACA